AUGGACAGUGUUUUCAGGACCCUGGACAGUGCCUGGAGAACUUUCGGUUUGAGGAAACCGUGGUAUUUCCCCUUCACCGCAUCCUACUGGAAGGAUGUGUGUGGGCUAGUGGUGAAAAGGCAGAGCCUGGCCAGUUCUAACCUGUUCUCCUCUAGUGAGAACUUGCAUGGUCAAGGCUCAUCCCUGCGAAACGGGGAAGGAGAGCUGGAAGGAGGCUCCCCUGGCGUUGUCCUGCUUUCUGUGACCAAGGAGCACGAUCGCCACAAGGCGGGCGUCUGGGACCUGACCCUGACCUUCCACAGGGACCAGAUCACUGCGCUGCUGGGGACCAACGGUGCUGGGAAGACCACCGUCAUGUGCGUCCCGCUCCCCUUUCUCCCGCCUUCCCUCCAGGGCUUUGAUUCUUAGAGAUGUGUUUAGCUGUGAGAUAGGGGCUAGAUCCCUUUUUGUUUGUUUAUUUUUGUUUAGUUUCAGUUAUUGUUGUUCAGUUGCUAAGUCUUGUCUGACUCAUUGUGACCCCACAGACUGCGGCACACCAGGAUUUUACUAUCUUCUGGAGUUUACUC